CAAAGUUAGUUUCCGUUUUGUUCUGAUUGAAUUUGCGUGAUGUUAAUGUUGCGUGCAUUUUGUGUACAUUUUUGACAGAGCUUGAGCGAGGGGUGCGAUAACUUCCUUCAUUGCUUCAUAUUUUUAUUUUCAUUCGAGUCAUUUUCUGCGAAGCAGCUGUUUACCGCUGUUUUGAUUUCGGGAUUGAUUCGUUGAAAGUUGUACUGCUUCGAUAAGCCAUCGUUUUCGAUAAUUUUUUCUUCAAUAACUCUUAGAAGCACUCAAUAAUAUAUUGGCUUUAAGUUGUUUCGUUUGGGAAUAACACUAUUUUUGUCAUUGUGGAUUUACAAAUUUCUAAUUCCAUUCUUUACUUCCAACUUAAUGGAUGACACUGGAAAAGCGAAGAUAGCGCAGGACUCAUCUGAUGAUCAACAUCCAUAUGAUAGUGAUGACGAACUGUGUUAUAAGAACAUCUGUGAUGAAUUUCCCAAUACUUUUGAGGGAUUUGGAUAUAAGUUCAAUGAAUUUGGUCAGUUGAGGCAUAUAACAACUGGUGAGCCAUUUGAGUUCAAUGUGAAAAAGGAUGAUCAAGUCUAUAAUCAAAAAAGAUAUGAAGCUCUUGGUGAGCUUGUCACAGACUAUGUAUAUGAUUUACUGGAAAAAGAAGGUGGUCUAAAGAAAAUGACAAUACCUUUAGAUGCACUUGAGGAUGAACCAACAACAUUUAUUUUUCAUAGCGAUGAUGCAUUCACAAAUGAAAAAAUUGUAAUUUUGAUUCAUGGGAGUGGCGUCGUUCGAGCUGGACAGUGGGCUAGAAGGUUAAUCAUAAAUGAUUCAUUGAACAGUGGAACACAGUUACCAUAUAUUAAACGAGCUAAAGGCUUAGGGUAUGGAAUUAUUGUACUCAAUACAAAUGACAAUAGGAAACUAGUAAAGGGUUAUUCUUAUAGGAUUCGGGGAAGUGAUACUCCAGAAGCCCAUGCUAACUAUGUCUGGAAAAAUAUUAUUAUUCCAAAAGUUGCUGCAAAAUACAUAGCUAUUGUUGCCCACAGUUAUGGGGGAAUCGUUACUGUUAAUACGUGUCGCCUAUUUCCAGAAUCAUUCCAAAAACGGGUCUUUGCCAUUGCCUUCACAGAUUCACCACAUAGUUUAAUAAAUCAAGGGUUGUCACAACCUCUUAUUGAGUGGUUUCGUAAGGUUGCUCGGAAUUGGGUUUUCAGCAAUUUACCAUUAGAUACAUUCCUUUCAACUGCUGACAGUUACGAAGUUGAGUGUGUUUCUGCAGGUACUCAAAGGCAUGACUUGACUUCUUGGAUGAGUUUUGCAUCAGUUUAUGAAUUCAUCGAUGCAAGAUACCGGAAAACACUCACUGGAAAUGAACUUUGAUUAUCAUUAUUCUCAUCCAAAUACCGUCCGCAUUAUCUUUAACAGCCAUUGUAUUUCUUUUUAUAUACUUUAUCAUAGAAAUUUUCGCUUGUGUUAAUACAAGCGCAAAAUCUCAUUGUUUUACGCUGCUCUUCAAUUUUCCUCCAUCAUUCGUAUCAUUGUUCCUUUGGAUUCCGAUAGAUGGCGAUAGAUGUUUCAAGAUGAGAGACUUCUACUCCUAACGGUUAAAAUACAGACGUUUUUUUGUUACUGCGUGUUACAUUUUUAAUCAAGAAACAUUCAUGAAUUUCCUGUUGAGUUUAUAAUUGAUGUCAAUAAACUACAAAUGAACCUUUUAUCUUAAGUUUU